GUGCUGAGGAGCACGGCCGCGGUCGCUAGGCGCGCAUAUCCCACGGAGAAGCUCAGGCCCGCCACGAGCGCGACGAGGAGAGCCCGGAGGGCCAUCGCCGAGCAGGUCAAGCAGCCGAGCAGCCCCGCGUCGAAGCCUGCGCGGUCGAUGUGCGCCCAACCAGUUCCGAAGCUGGUGAUGGAAGCCAGUCGGCUUCACGUGAAUCAGAGCAUCGAAGACGAGACCGCGACGACGGCCUUCAGAAUCAUCUCGGGCUCCUUCGAAUCCCAUUUCGACAAGCUCUUCGAGGACGCGCGGCAGUGGGAGGUCGUCGUGCUGAGUGACAUUGCCGACCGCGCCGACGGCGGGUACAUGAGGCUCCAGACGUACUUCGCAGGCAUGGGUCUUUUAUUCGCUGGAGUUUACUCGGCGCUUACGGUCGGUAAGUCCAUGAUCGCGGCGGUCCGCUGGGAAUGCGCGGGAUCGACCGGCUUGUGGACGGGGAACUUGCUUCUCGAGGAACUGAAUCGCCCAGUCAAGGUAUCUGGCGCGGCCGAGGAUGAUGCGGCACGGGCGCGUCGGGGGCUGGUCGUUGCUGAGUUGAAAGCGUGCAAGGAGAGAACCCGGAAGAUCCUGGAUGGCAUGCCGCGCUUCUUCCAGACCCUUGGCGACAUGCACGCUCGACUCUUGAAGAGCAGGAACUUGGCCCGCCAGCGCAUGGGCGACAUCUCCAUGACCGAGAUGGGCGAGGGCCACAAGGCUAUGGGCCUUGUCAUGUACGACAGCGCUCCUCACCACGUCCAGAGCAGAAUCACCGACAUGACGAUCUACCUGAGGUACUGCAUUGACCAUGCGGGCUCGCAGGCGAAUGGCAUGGCCGCCGAUCGGCGCGACGAGUUCACGGGUGGCAUGAUCAAGUUCGCUGGCCUCCAGCGCUUCACGGUUGGCAGCUGCUGGUCGAACUUCUCCGAUUCCUCAGUCGAAGCCCUCGCGACCGACGGGGGGCACGUGGACAUGAUCCGCAACGCUUUCGCCGAGUUCAAAGAUUAUGUAG